AUGUUGGUUCGAGUGCGCUUUCUCAGAUCAGUUAGGGCCGAGAGGAGGAUGAGGAGGAAGAACCGAGAUCACAGGACGCGAGGCGGCGACCCAGACCAGCGCCACGCCGCCGACACAGAGUGGAGAUCGCCGACGGGUCUCAUGGGCGGUCGCAUGGAAGUGGGUAUGGUGGACAUGGGGGGCAUGGGUUCUGAUAUCAUCAUGAACUUGGAUGGAGACUCUCUCGGUAAUCAACACAUCCACCACCACCGGGGCCGUCAGGAACCCGCCCGAUCACCACCACAAGCCUUGCGAUCCGAGUCGGCCACGGCAAGCCCCGAAACCUCGCAUGCAUCCCAUGCCUCAUGUCAGCUUCACCAGUCACCCGUCAACUCACCGGAGACUUCGCACACCUCCCAUGGGGCUCCUUCACAUCGGGAGAGGUCACCAGUAAGGUCCGAAAAGUCCAUGUCAAGCUCUCUCAAGUCAGCUUCCGAGUCCCUUAGGUCAGCAAUCAAGAGGCGGUCAUGGGCAUCGGUACUCUCGAGCAUCUCGUCGGGCAUUUCCAGUCUGGCUCGUUCUUCGUCAUCAGCAUCUUCCAAGGGGGUUGGCCAUAGCGAGAACGGUCCCACCGUUGCCCUCAGCAAGUUGAGUCGGGAUGAUUUUCUUUCUCUGCUGGAGGAGAACAAGCCAUCGGCAUCAGCAACCAAAACAAAGGCAGCCAAGGCGCUACAGAAUCCUUUGUUCAAGAAGAAAUACUCUUCAGUCAACCCCAAGACGGAGGAGUUGAACAAUGCGUUGCUUGCUAUGUGCUGCUCUAUUCGCCUUGCAACCAGCUCUCCUCCCUGUGUGCAUGAAAGGCUAUCCAAGGCCAUUGAAGCCCAAGAGACCGAAGGUCAUGCUUUUCGCAAGUUUACUGUUACCGACGAGGAGGCCAACAUGGUGGACAGAUAUGGCAACAUUCUUCUGCACGUCGCUGCCCGAUGGGGCGCCCGUGUUUCGAUUUUGCUGUUGCUUUUACGACACACUGAUGAUAUCCAGGCAGUUAACAUUCGUGGAGAGACCUUUCUCCACAUUUAUGAACCCCCAAGCCACCCCAAGCUAAGGCCGGCAUCCUUCAUCAACCUCGUCCGACAUCUACGGUCGCGCGGCUUCGACUUUUGCCAGCGAGACGUCGAAAAGCGAACAUUUCUGCAACAUCUGGUCCCAAAAAAGACCUUCCCUAUAGAGAUCCUCCAUUGUCUCUUCCGCGAAGUCGGUCACGGGACGGCCCGUUUCCUUGUCGCCAAUAAGUGCUCGGCUGACGAGCGACUAUGGCACUGCAUCCGCAAGAAUCUCUCCUUUCAAUCGCCCAAACUCCACCGCAUCUUCGGCGACGAGCAAGAGUUCGUCCGGCGCUAUCUCCCCGAGUUCAUGGGGGAUUCCUCCUGCAACAACUCCACCCGCAUUACCAUGACCUCUGACUCCGACAGCUGGCGCGGCAGCGGUUACACAGGCCGCUCGAGUCGUGGCAGCACCGCCAGCAGCGCCCAAUGCAUCAAACGCACGCCUGUCAUGCGCCUCUUGUGCAAGAUCGCCUCCGGCCGGGACUCUGAGAAGAACGGGGGCGAAGCAAACCUCGAUCAGCGCCUCGAAACCCUUCUAGGCAUCGGCCCCAAGACCACCAAGCAGGACAUCGAAGCCCUUCUCAACGAGCGCGACACCGAGGGUAACUCGGCGCUGCACUACGCCGCUGAGUUUGGCAUCGUCGCUGCUGUCAAGUUCAUUGUUUCGCAUGGUGCACAGGUGAACGUGAUGAACAACUGCGGCAACACUCCCCUACAACUCAUCAAAUACGCCAUUCAAAGGACGGAUGUUAGGACCGAUGUGUACAUGGAGGCUCGAUACCUACGGUGUGCGGUACUGUUGCUGGAAAGGGGAGCAUUCGAUCAAAGCAAGCUUGUCAGCGAGCGUAGUGUCAUCUACCCCUAUGAUGUGUUUGAUGGAAGCGAGAGGUGCAUCACGAAUCUGGUGAAGCAGGGCGUGGCGAACCAGUGUCGAGGGUUGCAUUUGCUAUCAUCAUCGAUAGCACCCCAUGGGCCAACGAUGUGGAUGGAUGAGAAUGGGCAGGUGCAGUUCGCGCAGCACUUUUACGAUGAGGAGGGAGGUAAUGGGGAGGCAAGUGGACAUGCGCAUGGACACGGACACGGCGGGCAUGGAGGGUAUGGUGCGAACGGGAUGCCCAUCGGCGCGGGAGGAAUGCCGAUGCAUUUGGAGUUUCAGACUUCAUUUCUUUGA